CAGAGGGUGAUCGUCUACCCCAACUAUGUCAACGCCGGGAGGACGGUGGCAGAGGGUCGGCGUGUCCCACGGGUGCCAGGAGCUGAAGACCCAACCGCCCCUGAGAUAUACGACUGCAUAGUGAAUGGACUGAAGUUGCCAGCAGAACUUGAGAACAAAGCCUAUCCGCGAGAGGCGCUGCUGAGGGGCAGGGUGCGGGUGGCCCUGCGGGGCCCCGACGGCAAGCCGCUCAACCCCGCUGUCACAAGCAGGAGCAAGCUCCUGCGUGAGAUAGCAGCCCUCCUGCCUCGCCACCCAGCCAGGGUGAACAGGCCCAAGCAGCCUGCAGGAGGGGCGGCCGCAGCGGCGGCCGCCGCGGCCGCAGCGGUGGGGAGCAGCGCGUCCGGCAGCAAGCAGCAGGUGUCUGCAAAGAAGGGUGGCGGGAAGAAGAAGCGAUGA